UGUGGGAAUGAAAAUACGGCCAUCUAACGGGCACGGUGGAAACGGAAAAAUAAGUUUCCAUCUCUUGUGAGUUCAUAGGUUUAUUUGUGAACACGUCAGGAGGCAACCAUACGUCUGUAGUAUUGGUCGGUACCGAGUGGAAAAAAUGGCGAAGGUUCGCGCAUAAAGACGAUCGUCAACAGAGUUGACAGAAACUAAUGAAAUUGGCUAAUGUCAAGUUUGACAACGUAAUGCAUGAAAAAUGUUCCCUCUAGUCCGCGCCGCCUCGGUGCGUUUCGUAUGAUCAAGUACAACGUUUUACACAAGUGUUCAAUCAAGUGAGAAAACAACGGGAGAAAAAAGAAGUAGCAGUCCAGUGGUUGCGAAACGUCACAGAUCACAACACGGAACGGACUACUCCAAGGUAUAAAAAAUGAGUCAAAUAGAGAUGGAUCAAGAAACUGUAUAUGGGACCCAUGAGGAUAGUCAUGUGGUCAUGUCAGAGAAAGUGCAAUCUUUGGCUGGUAGUAUUUAUCAAGAGUUUGAAAAAAUGAUAGCACGUUAUGAUGAAGAUGUGGUCAAAGAUCUAAUGCCUCUCCUAGUCAAUGUCCUAGAAUGUCUAGACAUAUCCUAUACUGAGAACCAAGAACGUGAAGUCGAAUUGGAAUUAUUAAGAGAAGACAAUGAGCAACUUGUUACACAAUAUGAAAGGGAAAAACAAUUAAGAAAAGCAUCUGAUCAGAAAUUAUUAGAGCUUGAAGAUGUAGCAGAAGAUGAAAGAAAGGAACUUUUAUCAAAAAUUGAUAGUUUGGAAUCAAUCGUACGAAUGCUGGAACUGAAGACAAAAAAUUCACAUGAUCACGGUACAAUUCCUAAUGGCUCUCUCAGUUCAUCCCUUCACAGAACGUCCCUCUAUAUUGUUCGCCUCGAAGAAAAGGAAGCUGAAUUGAAACGUGAAUAUACCCGAUUACAUGAAAGAUAUACGGAACUAUUUAAAACCCAUGUAGAUUAUAUGGAAAGAACCAAGAUGUUAGUUGGAAGUACAGAAAGAUUAGAAAAUUCAUCUAGUGGCCGCGGCCCAUCACGAUUACCAUCUCUUGGUUUAACUCAUAUGUCUCGAAGUUCUGGACCACUGAGCUAUGGUUUUCAGAGCUUAGAAGCCAGCAUAAAUGCAGAAGAAGUUCAACAAGAAGGAAGUCCACCAAGUGCUGUUGCUAAUUUAAGAACUGAAAUGUUGGACAGUAGCAGUGAAGCUGCUAUUGAAACAUCUGAUAAAAGUCAAUUAACAGAUAAACCAGCACAAGCAAACAAAACAACUGCAAUUUCCAGACGUAUGUUGCCUCUUUUUUUUGAAAAUUUCGAAGUACUUUGUGAUAUUAUCUUUAUAUUCUUUAAUUUAUAUAUAGAUGAGAGUCCGGAAACUGAAAUACCUCCUCCUUUGGUUACGCCAACAUCACCGACUAUAGAAAAGUUAGCUACUACUCCUAGUGGAAGAAGUAGAACAGAAAGAGAGCAACGAAGUGGUAACACAUUAUACCAAGAGCUCAGUUUUCAAGAUGCUGAUGCAUUGGGUGAGAUGGAUGAAGGAGCAGAUAUUACUGGAAGUUGGGUUCAUCCCGGGGAAUAUGCCUCGUCGGUCAAUGACAACUUUUUCGGAAUGGGAAAGGAAGUGGAGAAUCUUAUUAUGGAAAAUAAUGAACUGCUAGCUACAAAAAAUGCGCUCAACAUUGUUAAAGACGAUUUAAUUGUGAAAGUAGAUGAACUCACAAGUGAACAAGAAAUAUUACGCGAAGAAGUUCGAAGUUUGCAACAAGCUAGAGAACGCUUACGGCAAAAAGUCGCUGCCCUUGAAGAAGAAUUGAAAAAAGUCAAAGAAGAGGCCGAGGCAGCAGCAAAAGCAGCCAAGAGUGACGACGAAGAGGAUGUAUCAUUAGCACAACGAAAGAGGUUUACUAGAGUUGAGAUGGCUAGGGUGCUUAUGGAGAGAAAUCAAUAUAAGGAACGUUUCAUGGAACUUCAAGAAGCGGUUAGAUGGACAGAAAUGAUAAGAGCAACAAAGACUGAUCCUUCUAGUAUAUCGAGUGGAAAAGUAUCGAUGUGGAAGUUGUUUAGCAAUCUCUUCACGGGACCUGCGAAUCGAGGAGCCUUAGUUCGCGGACCACACACAUUACCUCAUAUGAGGUAUAGCGCACCAACCAACCAAGUUGUUCCAGCACCACCUUUGGAUACCAUGCGUAGACGUACGUUGAAAGGUCGCCAUGAGUUUUUCGACCAGGGAGACACCAUAUCUUCCGAGAAACUAGUGGCGAGACGUGCAAAUGAACGAAGAGAACAAUAUCGUCAAGUCCGUGCACAUGUUAGGAAAGAGGAUGGACGAUUGCAUGCAUAUGGUUGGAGUUUACCUGGGAAACCAAGUGCUCCAGUUAGACAACCUGUUCCAGUGCCAGUUUAUUGCAGACCUUUACAGGAAUCUGAACCUGGCAUGAAGAUAUGGUGUGGUGCUGGUGUAAACCUAAGUGGUGGUAAAACUCGAGAUGGUGGUUGUAUGGUUGGAGGGAGUGUAUUUUAUGCUGCUGAAGCUCAAGAAGUAAAUACGAAUAUAAAAGCUGAAGCGGAAGAUGCUAUCGAGCAUUUAGAUAAGGAGCUUCAAGAGAAUGAAAAUCAGAGGGUUGAGGCAGAACAAUUAGAACAGCAUCUUAGUUCGUUAGUAUGGAUAUGUACAUCGACUCAAAAGAUGUCAAAAGUUACUGUGAUAGAUGCUAACAAUCCAGCCGAUAUUUUGGAAGUUUUUAGCGUUUGCCAAGGACAUUUACUUUGCAUUGCAAGUGUACCUGGAGCCAAAGAGAGUGAUUACGCUCAAGCUAUGAAUGAAGAUCCAAUUCGAACUGCCAAUGGAAUAAAUGAGAACGAUAACCAAGAAGUAAAUGCUACUUCAAACAUUGAACACAAUAUUCAAGCAUUGUUGGAGAAAAAUAAAAGUGAAUCCGAGAAUAUAUCGGAAGAACAAAAUAAUGAAAAUGUUAAAAAGUCAGAUGAUGGUAAUCAAAGUAUCACUACUGAGACACAAAGUUUGGAAAGUGUGGACAGUGAAACGACGAAUUUAGGAAAAGUACUUUUCGUAAAAGCUAAUGCAGAGGGAUCAAACUCACGAUUGGAUGAAAAAGAUGAUACAAUCGAGCAGAAAGAAAAUAAAAUUGAGGAAGAUACACCUAUAGAAAAAAUGUCUUCAAUACAACCAACAAUGUGGCUUGGAGCUCAAAAUGGUGCGGUGUUUGUUCAUUCAGCUGUUGCUAAAUGGUCAGUUUGUUUGCAUUCUGUCAAAUUGAAGGAUGCUGCACUGGCUAUUGUACAUGUACAAGGACGAGUUCUUGUUGCUCUUGCCGAUGGAACUGUUGCAUUGUUUCGAAGAGGUCCAGAUGGACAAUGGGAUCUAUCUCAGUAUCAUGUGAUUACUUUGGGUAGUCCACAACAUUCAAUCAGGUGCAUGACAGCUGUUAGUGGUAAAACUGUGUGGUGCGGAUAUAGAAAUAAAAUUCAUGUAAUAGAUCCAGUUUCAAUGAUUGUUGAGUGCACUGUCGAUGCUCAUCCACGACGGGAAUCACAAGUGAGACAAUUAGCUUGGUUGGGUGAAGGAGUGUGGGUCAGCAUUAGAUUAGAUUCAACACUAAGACUCUAUCAUGCUCAUACUUAUCAACAUCUUCAGGAUGUUGAUAUUGAACCUUACGUUAGCAAAAUGCUUGGUACUGGGAAACUUGGUUUCUCAUUUGUAAGAAUUACUGCGUUACUCAUUUCCUCCAACAGGCUAUGGAUUGGCACAGGAAACGGAGUAAUAAUCUCUGUUCCUUUAUCUGAAAGUGCUGGUGGUUCAAUGGCGGUGUCCAGAGUUCAAGUAGGAAAUGCUAAAGGUGAUGCGCCGGGUGUUGGCGUUAGAAUUUUCGCUUCAGAACGUGGUGUUACGCCCGGCAGUUUUAUACCUUAUUGUAGUAUGGCUCAUGCUCAACUUAGCUUUCAUGGACAUAGGGAUGCUGUGAAAAUGUUCGUUGCAGUACCUGGUCAUGGCGGUCAAAGUGCAGUGUCGGACGGUUCUGAACCAGCUAUGCUUGUUCUUUCUGGUGGCGAAGGCUAUAUAGAUUUCAGAGUUGGUGAUGGAGAAGACACAGAAGAGACUAUGGAACGAUCUAACAGUGCUGUCACUGCGAAUGCCGAAGAACAUGGAGAACAAAGUCAUUUAAUUGUAUGGCAAGUGCAAUGUCCUUUACCAGUGCCAAUGAAUGGCUAGCCUAGAAAUUCUGAAAGCGUAUUGAUCCAAGUGUAUGAUUCAGCUUGAAUUUCUACACGUAAAUCGAGGCGUUUAAUCGGUUCUCGCGAAAUCGAUAAAUUAGACCUACCUUUUGGUCGAGCGAAUACCGCAUCUAUUUAAUUAUACUUAUAUAACGAUUGUAGCGAAAUACGCAAACGAUUCUUCUACGAAUACGCAUAACAGUGAAAGAAAAAAAAGGAGAUAUUGUGCAAGUUUGAGAAUAUUAGAGAUAAUUUUCGAUAUUUCAUUAUGGAUGAUAAUUUCUAAAUGAGGAGCUUUAUUUCUUUUAGGGUAUCACGUUAAGCAGCAUUGACAGGAGAUUAACUUUUUAGAUAUGGGAUACUCAUCGCGGAAUUUUUAAAAAUUGAAGGAUAAUUAGAAUCUCUUAACGCAAUGCUUAUAACCCUUAGCUUUUAACUUUAAAAACGUCCUCUAAAAGUAUUUUAUUGAAAUAUUAAUUCGAUGUUGCGCGUCGAUAAUGUAAUUUAUAACGGAACUUCUUUUUUUUUUUUGACGAUCAUGCAUGUCUUCUUUGUGCGUCGUUGAACGAAGCACGUACCUAAGAAUUAAGUACGUUCGUACAUAGCAAGUUUUGAAAAAAAAAAACGUCUUGAAGUCAGUGUUGAUCGAGGAAUGUUGAAGCAUAGUAUUACAUUUCCGCCAAUAUAUGUGAUAACCGAUAAAGGUAUGGGAUAAUCAGUCUCAAAGCUGCCGUGACAUUUGCUGUAAUAAAAAUCAAGAUUCAUGGAAGUUAAAUAACAAUCAUUGUACAAUGUUCAUUUGCAGGGAUGAGAGGUGCAACCGAUUCAAAUAGCACGUAUUUAAGUAUAAUCUAUUGUACAUUGUUUCCGUUAGAGAAUAUAUUAUUUUCCAAACUUAAACGGUUUGAUUCGCGUAAAAAAAAAUAUAUAUAUAUAUACAUGGAAUAUAAUAUAUUUUUUAUGUUCUGCUAUCUUCAAAUAUCACCGCGUUCGAUCGCGCCUAUUUUUCUUCGGAUCUUCAUGAUCUUUGAAGAGCAUUUCAAUAAAUUUGUGUACAUAAACUAUUGCGAGAUAUUUGUAUAGUUGUUUUACGUAGCGUGUAAUUUAAGUUUUCGUCGAUGAACGAAAUAGAUGCAAAUCUGAUACACCCAUACAGACAAACAUACAUGUGAAAUUAUAUGUUUAAUCUCUCAUCGGUCGCUGCAACUUUAUUUUGCCGCCAAUACUACACUCUCCCUACACCGUUACCAAAGAUGAGGAACGAUUUUAUUGUAUUCUUUGUACGAUUUCUAGCGAAAAAUGGUUUAAAAGUUGCGUGUUUUAGCCGAUGUAUAGCAACCCGAACACAGUAUAGUACAACAACCACAUUGCAUUUGGGACUUGGAAGAAAGUCCCAAAGCCACGAUAUUCGGGCUUACGAGAAUUUUUGUAAAUUCCUGUGUUUAUAAGCGACGAACAGUGAAAUUCAGGAUGUGUACGAUGUAUAAGGGCUGCGCAUUAUUGUGUGUGAGCUCGCUUUCGAUGUCGAGCUCGGAACUGUACCUGGCUCUGAUGAAGCUGCAAUGGCGUUAAUAAAGAAAAUUGCGAAACAA